CAACACAGACACUCCCUGACCUUCGUCCUCCUCACACUCUCCUUAUGUUAAACCAGACCUCAGACAAUGCCAGUGCCUCAACACUAAAUGGCAACACAAGCCCACUGACAAAUGACAGUAGUAGUAAUGCUAUCAGUAGAUCUGGUGGCAAAGAGAAGCGCUUCCCGUGUUUGUUCUGUGGGAAAGUKUUUCGUUUCUCUAAACAGGUGGAGAUCCACCAGAGGAUGCACACAGGAGAGAAACCGUUCGGCUGCCACCUGUGCCGGGCCAGUUUUUCACACUUGUCCAGCCUGAAGAGGCACCAGCGAGUUCACACAGGGGAGAAACUUUUCAGCUGRCUCCUGUGCAGGGKCAGUUUUUCACACUCCUCCAGCCUGAAGAGACACCAGAGGGUCCAUACAGGGGAGAAACCCUACACCUGCUCUCAGUGUGAAAAGAGGUUCUCCCACCAGCACCAUCUGAAGAUGCCACCUGAAGGUCCACACGGAGAGGCUAUUCACUUGUACGCACUGCGGGAAGAGGUUCUUCGGAGGAUCUACCUGAGAAUACACCACAGAAAUGUGCACCGCCCAUGAAUAGUGAAAUGUAAUGAAGUACUAGUUUUGUAGUUCAUUUCGUUGGUUUUGCAUAUAGAGUGACAACCUUGUCCUGCUUGAUGCUGGUGUUUUAUGAGGAAAUGAUAGUCCUUAAUGAAUGUUUCUUGACAUUAAGUAGUAAAGAUGUUGAAUCUUUUUCAAGUCAUUCUAAAAUUGAUUUUAUCAAAGCGAGGGGAACCAUAUUUACAGAAAAGUUUGUUACCAAUAGGUG